AUGGCUGCACCUUUAAGACGAUUGCGACUUCGGCCCAUCCAAGCUGCACUCCGACCUGCGCUGCAAACACUGCCCCGAUCAACAAGGAUGUCACAUCAAGCUAUCAUCAGACUCUACUCCGUUGUAGCUCAACUCGGAGGGAAGUCGCCAGUCAUCGACUCCAACGCUGGAUACCGCACAAGCCACGAGCCAAUCUCAAACCCUCCGGACACCCCCAACUUCUUGGACAAUGUCUUCGUUCCUUCUACCGCGUCUGGCUGGAUCAGCCUGAAGGAUCCAGCGACGAACCAACCGUCUAUCCCUAUCGCGACCAUCACCGGCAACACAGUUGUUCUUAAGCCCUCGGAGAAGACACCUCGAGCUUCUAUAAUCAUCGCUGAGCUCUGCAGAAAGGCCGGCUUUCCUGACGGAGUGAUUAAUAUUAUCCAUGGUAGUAAGCGAGCAGUCAACUUCAUCAUUAAUAACCCUGUCAUUAAGGCUAUCUCCUUUGUCGGCUCGAAUAAGGCUAGAGAAUACAUCUAUGAGCAGGGCUCAGCUCUCGGCAAAAGGGUUCAGGCCAACCUUAGCGCAAAGAACCACGCACUAAUUAUGCCUGACGCGAAUAAGAACCUGACAUUGAAUAGCAUUGCUGGUGCUGCUUUCGGUGCUGCUGGCCAGCGAUGCAUGGCGUUGAGUGCGCUGGUCACACUCGGCGAGACAAAGGAUUGGCUGAAUGGUCUAGUUGACCGCGCUAAAAACCUUCAGGUCAACGGCGGGUUUGAGCCGGGUGCUGAUCUUGGACCUUUGAUCACACCAGAAAGCCAGAAGAGGGUCGAGGAUCUCAUCGCCAGUGCCGAGGCGGAGGGUGCCAUAAUUCUCCUUGAUGGACGAGGCUGGAAGCAUGCGAAGUACCCCAACGGAAACUUUGUUGGUCCGACCAUCAUCACGAACGUUAAGCCGCACAUGAAAUGCUACACUGAGGAAAUCUUCGGCCCCGUACUUGUAUGCUUAAGCGUCAACAGCCUCGAUGAAGCCAUCAAGCUCAUCAACAACAACCCUUAUGGCAAUGGAGCCGCCGUGUUUACAAGGUCCGGGGCGGUAGCUGCAAAGUUCCAGAAAGAGCUCGAGGCCGGGCAGUUGGGCAUUAACGUCCCAAUCCCGGUGCCACUGCCAAUAUUCUCCUUCACCGGUAAUAAGAAGUCCAGCGCUGGGACCGGGUCUCUGAACUUCUAUGGCAAGGAUGGGCUGAGAUUUUACACGCAGUAG